AUUUAGUUAGAGUAAGAUGUGAAAUGGUGCCAGUAGACUUUGAGAAUAAUGAUUAUUAUCAUUUUCAUUUCUCAGAAGAUGUUGAUAUUGAGGAUUUUUCGAGGGCGUUAGGAUUCAAAUAUCAUGAGAAACUAGAAUAUCUGGAUAACCAGCAUAUAUUUUCUAUAGAAAAGGGUGUUUUAGAAGACGAAAUUAAAGAAAAAAUUGAGAAUUAUUUUGGUUUAGAAAAAGGAAGAAAUGCAAUAAAUGGGUUUAAUAGCGACAAGCUUUUUUAUUAUGAGAAACAAAAGUUGGUCAAGCGAGAAAACAGGGGUGUGAUAAGAGACGAUAUAUAUUUUGAUAAUGAAGGUCUUUAUAAUAGAAGAAUUGUUAAGAAUGUUGUAAAAGAUUCGACGGGAGAUCAGGCGGUAGAUUUAAGAGAGAAGAUAAAGAAAAUUAAAGAAGAAUUAAAUAUAAGUGACCCUUAUUUUGAUAAACAAUGGUAUUUGUUCAAUAAGGAUAAAGCUGGUGUAGAUAUAAAUGUUACAGGUGUAUGGUUACAAGGGAUAAAGGGAAAAAAUGUAACAGUUGCUAUUGUAGAUGAUGGCUUAGAUUAUACUAACAAGGAUUUGGCUCCAAAUUAUAAUGCUAACGCUUCAUAUAAUUUUGCUUCUAAAACUGGCGACCCAAAACCUGGACCUUCUGACACGCAUGGUACUAAAUGUGCAGGAGAAGUGGCAGGCGCCAGGAAUGAUUUUUGUGGGCUUGGUGUUGCAUAUGAAUCUAAUAUUUCAGGAUUACGAUUUAUGCCUUCUGCUCGUUCGUCUUGGCUUGAAGGAGAAGCUCUUAUUUACAAAUAUGAUGUUAAUCAUAUUUAUUCUUGUAGCUGGGGACCUGCCGAUACUGGGAAUUUAACUCAAGAUAUUUUUUAUACUACUUAUUCUGCAAUUAUUAAAGGGAUAAAUCAAGGAAGGAAUGGUCUUGGUUCUAUAUACGUUUUCGGGUCAGGAAAUGGUGGAUAUUUUGAUAAUUGUAAUUACGAUGGAUAUGCAAAUAGCCCAUAUACUAUUACUAUCGCUGCUAUAGAUGCAGAAGAAAAAAGAUUCAUAUUUUCAGAGCCAUGUCCUUGUAUUUUAGCUUCUACGUAUUCUGGCAAGCGUGGUGCAUAUAUUUAUACUACAGAUGUUGGUACGACAGAAUGCAGCAUUAGACAUACUGGAAGUUCUGCUUCUACACCUCUUGCUGCGGGUGUUAUUGCUCUUCUUCUUUCAGCAUGUCCUAAUCUUACAUGGCGUGAUGUUCAAGCUUUGAUUGUGGAAACAGCUGUUCCAUUUAAUCCGAGUCAUCCUGAUUGGGAUGAUCUUCCUUCUGGACGUCGUUAUAAUAAUUUUUUCGGUUAUGGAAAACUAGAUGCAUAUAGAAUGGUCGAAAAAGCAAGAACAUUUAAAACCUUAAAUCCUCAGACAAUGUUUUCAACUCAACUAAUACCACUUAAUAAGAAAUUUUCUGAAAACGGUGGGCAUAUCACAAGCAGUUUUUAUAUUCAUCGUGGAUAUCCUAAGCAUUAUAAAUUUAAAAGUUUAGAGUAUGUUGGUGUUUCAUUUCAUUAUCACCACCAAAGAAGAGGUCAUCUAGAGUUUAAUAUUACCAGUCCUUCUGGAGUUACUUCAGUAUUAGCACAUAGACGUAAUCGUGAUAAACAUGGUGGCAGUAUUCUUUGGACUUUUAUGACUGUAAAGCAUUGGUAUUUUGUUUCAUUUUGUAAAAUAAUAACUAAUGAUUUUAGGGGAGAAUCCAUUGUAGGUAAUUGGACUAUCGAUGUUGAAGAUAAAAAGGAUGAGAAUCUAGAUGGUGGAGUUUUUGAUUGGCAACUUCAUUUUUUCGGGGAGUCUUGUGAAUCAGAAGGCGUACCGCCUCCUUCAUAUCCUUUUCUAUCUAGAUAUCCAACUACUACGCCUCCACCAGAUCCAGAUGCUACACCUUCUCCAGAUCUGGAUGCUAACCUUCAGCCAGAUUCAAAUGCUGACUCUCAACCUCAACCAGAUGUUAAGCCUCUGCCUUCAUUAGAUAUUGAGCCUCAACCUCCAUCAGAACCAGAUCCUAACCCUCCAUCAUAUCCUAGCUCUCAGCAAGAUCCAGAUACUUCGCUUUCAUCAAAUCCAACUUCUACAUCUUCAUCAGAACCACCCCCGCCACCACCACCUCGGCCGGAACCACAACCACAACCAGAGACACAACCAGAGACACAACCACCACAACCACCACAACCACCACAACCACCACAAUCAGAGACACAACCAGAGACACAACCAGAACCAGAACCAGAGCCAGAGCCAGAGCCACGACCAGAACCAGAACCAGAACCAGAACCAGAGCCACAACCACCACAAUCAGUGCCACAACCACCACAACCAGAGACACAACCAGAGCCACAACCAGAGCCACCUGCAUCUCCACCAAAACUACAACCGGAACAAAAACCAACAUCAAUAACUUCAUCUACAUCUACGACUUCAUCUACAUCUACGACUUCAUCAAGCAAAACUAAAAUAUCAACCACUCGAAAAGCUUCAUGUACUAUAACAGUCUUUAUAGGGCCAUCUCCUACUGAGGGUGUUUCUACUGGAUCAAGUGUUUCUCAUCUUUCAUUCUUCGAAAAAAGGCAUUUGUUACUUCAAAUGAUAUUAUUACAUCUCAGUGAUAGACUUUCUAUAAUUGAGGCACUUAAUGAUGAUUCUGAUCCAAAUAUAUCUUAA